UGCACUUUUCUUAUCUCUGUAUUUUUAAAAACAUAAUGCAGCAUCCAUGUGAGUUUUACUAAAAUAUUUACAUGUACACACUCUUUGUUUUACUCUACUAGGAGAAACAGUGAUGUGUUGGAAUUGAGUAACACGCGGUCCUUUCCUGUGUUUCUAUAGAUGAUGUAUCAAGCAGAGAUUUGUACAUAGAAAGCGGAGGAAAGCACAGUGGAUUAGACGGACUCUGCAAUCAGAGGCAUUGUAAUAUCCUGUAAGCUUUUGGCAUCACAGACUUGCGGUAAACACGAACAAACCAAAACUCUGAGAAGGACACCUGCAGAACAAAUUGAUUGCAACUCUCUUAUGCAAACAGGAAAGCAGAGGCAGAUGUGGCUGCAGAUAAAGCUUGAGCACUGCCAAAAGCCCCCCUACACCCGCCACUCCACCUCCCGCUUAAAAACAGGAUGUACGUGGAAGAGAGAGGCAUUUGUUACAGAACAACUUCAGAGACCUGCUGGUUACUGAUUACUACUGUGUGAGUUUCCUGAAUGUGAUCGGCGCUCUAGUAAUUACCAGAGGAAUUUACACUUGCACAGUAAGAUAGCAGCUACCAACCACCUGGGUUUCAGGUCUGCCUCUCCACCCGAGUUUGAAUGCCCUCUUUCCUCAAAGCUGCAGUAGGAACUUGUUUAGUCUGCAUUGGAGUCAGACAGGACGCUGCCAUGAACCAGACAGGCUGCCCUGAGGUCAAGGUCCCGUUUCCCGUCUUCUUCACUGUUGGAAUCGUCAGUCUGGCUGAGAACCUGCUGGUCGUGGUGGCGGUGAUGCGCAGCAGGAACCUCCACUCGCCCAUGUACUGCUUCAUGUGCAGCUUGGCUGCCUUCAACACCAUCGCCAGCGUGACAAAAACAUGGGAAAACCUGAUGAUAGUUCUCGCUGAUGCGGGACACCUGGAGAGGAGGGGUCCUCCUGAGACCGACCUAGACGACGUGAUGGACUCCCUGCUCUGCAUGUCGUUUGUAGGCUCCAUAUCCAGUUUCCUGGCCAUUGCUGUUGACCGUUACAUCACCAUCUUCCAUGCGCUACGUUACCACAACAUCAUGACCAUGCAGCGAACUGCAGCCAUCUUGGGGCUCAUCUGGACAUUAUGUGCAGUUCUGGCCGUGCUAAUGGUGAAGUUCUUCAACUUUAAGUUCAUCAUGAUCUGCUUCAUCGUCUUCUUCGUUGUCUCCCUGGCAGCCAUCUGCUUCCUCUACGUCUACAUGUUCAUGAUGGCCCGCAUUCAUGCCAAGAACAUUGCAGCGCUACCUGGUGGCGGCAGGGACAAGUCUCAGCAUCAGAGGAGGUGGGGCAGCAACAUGAGAGGCGCUCUCACUCUCACCAUCCUGUUUGGGGCGUUUGUGGUGUGUUGGGCACCGUUUUUUGUCCACCUGGUCAUCAUCACAGUUUGCCCUAUGAAUCCGUACUGUGAAUGCUACAGGUCCUUGUUCGAGCUGCAUGUGGUGCUGAUGAUGAGCCAUGCCCUCAUAGACCCGGCUAUCUAUGCUUUCCGCAUGGCUGAGCUGCGGCACACCUUCAGAAAGAUGCUGUUUUGCUCUGACUGGAAAUUUUGCUUGUAACAGAAAUGUAUUUAAAGUUUUCUAAACGUUUUUCAUCCACAGAGCAAAAAUAGGUUGCACUGCAUUCUGAUGACUGCGCAACGUUAAACCUGCUCCCCUUUGUGCUAAUUAUCAUUUUUGUCUUUGAGUCAUUCAUUGGCAGGGGUUAAGUCACUGUGUGUUUCCUGUGACUUGUGUCACCAAGCAGCUGAGGCUAACAGAGGGUAUGAACCUACAUCACUCUUGUUUGCAUUGCUACUUGGACAUUUGGUCAAUGGACUUUGAGCGUACAAACCACAUGUUUGAACUUUUCAUUUGUUGUCCUUCUGGU